UCCUCAAUUGCUUGCUUAGGGCGGGCCGAGUUGAUCUCAUUCGAGGGCGGAGUUGGUUCGUAUAGGCCAAUCCGGUAAUCUGGACCUGGGACGGUGGAAUUUGGGCAGAUUUUGGCCGGACUGCAUAGAGAUUGUGCUCUAUUCGAACGAAUGAUCGCGCCUAACUCGAUUUUGGGGAUUCUGCUUUUCCAAAUUGGGGGUUAGUUUGAGAACUUGGAUGAUGCGUUUGAAGAGCAAGGUAUGGCUCUGAACGAGCGUCUCAACAAAUUUAGACAGCAGCAAGAGAGGUGCCAGACUACUCUAUUUAGCAUUGCCGCAAACCAAGCUUCAAUUUUAAUGCCAAAAGUUGCCCCAGGGAUUAGACCAGCAAAUGCCCCGUACGCAUCUGUAAAACCACUGCAGCCUAUUAAAUUCUCAGAUGAUACACAAAGGCUACAACACAUCAAUUCAAUAAGGAAGUCUACUGUGGGAGCACAGAUGAAGUUAGUAAUCGACCUGCUUUACAAGACAAGGCAAGUUUUUACAGCAGAGCAGAUAAAUGAAGCAACUUACGUUGAUAUUCAUGGUAGCAAGGCUUUAUUUGACAGCCUAAGGAAUAAUUCCAAAGUUAAACUUGAUGGGAGGCAUUUCUCGUACAAGCCGACGCAUGUUUUGACUGGGAGAGAUCAGUUGUAUAAUUUGAUAAAAAAUCAAGAAUACGGCAUUGCUGUUGAGGAACUCAAAGAUGCUUAUCCAUCCGUACUGGAAGAUUUGCAGGCCCUGAAAGCAUCAGGUGACGUCUGGUGGCUAUCAGGCACCAACUCCCAGGAAGACACAGCGCACUUCAACGAUCCCCGAUUUAGGAUCACGGUGGACAGUGACCUGAAGCAGCUAUUCCGGGGGACAGAGCUGCCACGGGACAUGCUGGACAUCGAGAAGGAGCUAAAGAAGAUUGGCGAGAAGCCAUUAACCGACACCGCCAAGCGGCGCGCGCUAGCAGAGAUCAGUGGCGCCGCAUCCAAGUCCAAAUCCAAGGCCAGGAAGAAGCAGCGCGGCAUCACGAGCAGGACCAGGCUCACGAACAGGCAUCUGCCAGAACUGUUCGAGAACUUGAGCACUUGAGCCGGAGCUGUCGGCUGGAUCAAGCAACGGCGUACAAUAUGGCCGAACGGGCAUCACGAUCUUUGACUUAGGGUAGUAUCGACUUGCCAAGUUGCCCUAUCUUAAAGUCCAGAGUCGCUUUAUGAAACCGAGUUGUGACGAGCAAAUGCGUACUACUUGUAAAGUCGACCGAAAUUUUACAGUGAAGGCUCAAGGUGGGCUGGAAGAAAUAGGUGCAGAAGUGGAGCCUCGAGUCCGUCACACUGGUAACGAUCGUUUCGAUACUCUCUGCGAUCGUGGAUCGGGUGUGUUCGAGUCAGGUAUUUAGAUGCCUGGUAUGACAGGUGUACAUGUCAACGGGAGGCGUCAAAUAGAUGCCUGGUGCCUUUGUCUUCAUUACAAUCUAAUAAAUGAGCUUUUGAUCAA